AUGGACAUUUUUCAAUCAGAUCUUGGGCUUUUUCAAGAAAACUCAAGGGCUUCGGAUGGAAUCAGGCUAAAUACUGACAGGCCAUUUAUGUAUUUAGCUCGAAAUGACGACUGUCCAUUUGAUUACAAGCCAAUUGAUAUGGACAAUGAAGAGUCGCCAACCAGCUGCCGCGAAUUUGAAGAUACGACAAACUCUCUAAAAAGAGAAUCUAUUUCGUCGUCUUCUCUAUCUUCGCUAUGCACAACACUAUCGUCAAACAAUAUUUCCAAGGACUUAAACGGAAGUCCAACUAUUAAUACUAAAGCAUUAACGACUACAGUUAAGAUGGCAGGAGCAACAACAGCAGGAUCUACUACAACAACCACUCCAGCUACAACUACAAGUGAAAAAACCGAUACUGUAUCCCCAGCAGAAAAAGAAAUGAAAAUACCAAGAGCAUCAGCAUAUGAUAACGAGCAUCAAAGAAAAACCCGGAAAAAGUGGAAAAAGACCGAAGACUUAGCAUUAAUGGAAAUGUUACUACAAUACUCACAUCUACUUAACUUUGUAGAAUAUUUUAAGCCAAUGAAGAAAUUUUGGAUUAAAAUUUCUCUGGUUCUAAAGCAACAUCAUGGUUUCGAGAGAAACGCGCGGCAAUGCCACGAUAGAUUCAAAGUGCUUUACUUCAAAGCGAUGAAACUAAACGAGAAGACAUUGGGAUCCAACCCAGAUAUUACAAAGACCCUCUUCCUCCAAACAAGGAACACAUUUAUAUUUUGCAAUGGUAACAUAACGCUAAAAUCGCCGCCAGCUCCACUGCAGUCUGUGAGUGACGUCUCGUCCCCAGAUAGCCAAGGAUUUGUACAUCAUAAUAACCGUCAUACCAAUAAUGAUAAUCCCAACUAUCACAAGAACUUCAAGAACUACAACGACCUCAACGAUCUUAACGAUCCUCCUCACAUUUCAAACGCCCAAUUCAUGUCAUUUUUGCAGCAACCAUUGGUCGACAUGCGUCAAGCGCCCUACAACUCUGCCCAGCAGUAUUUCGUCAAUGGCUUGAUCAACCUACAGACGCAGAUUGACGUGCUGAAAACCCAACUGCAAGCAAGCGAGAGGAGAAACACUGAGCUGACUCGCCUAGUUGAGAGCCUCCAUGCCGGCCGAUACAAUACUCGAUGA